AUGUCCCAUUUGACAAAUGGAUCUUCACAAUGCUUAUGGACAAGCAUUUGCAUUGUGUUAUUUGUUAUGUCAAUGGCUCGUGGAGCUGUCUCUACAAAUUAUGGAGAAGCUCUCACAAAGAGUCUUUUGUAUUUCGAAGCUCAACGCUCUGGAAAACUACCAAUGAAACAAAGAGUUACUUGGAGAGGAGACUCUGCACUUAGAGACGGUUCUGAUGUUCAUGUUGAUCUAACUGGAGGGUACUAUGAUGCCGGAGACAACAUGAAGUUUGGAUUCCCGUUGGCGUUCACGACGACAAUGCUAGCUUGGAGCAGCAUAGAGAUGUCAUCGCAGCUUAAGUCCCAUAAGGAGUACCAACAUGUCCUUGUGGCUCUCAAAUGGGCGACUGACUAUCUCAUCAAAGCCCAUCCUCAGCCUAAUGUUCUUUACGGACAAGUGGGUGAUGGAAACUCUGACCACGGGUGCUGGAUGAGACCCGAGGAUAUGACCACUCCGCGUCCUUCAUAUCGCAUUGAUCCUCAACAUCCAGGCGCAGACCUAGCAGGUGAGACAGCUGCUGCAAUGGCCGCAGCUUCUAUUGCCUUUUCGCGAUCUAAUGGAGCCUAUGCAAAAGUACUCAUUGGUCAUGCAAAAGCUUUAUUUGAAUUCGCUAAGGCCCACCCCGGGAAAUACCAAAGCUCCAUUACUGACGCCGGUCGCUUCUACGCAAGCAGUGGAUACGAAGAUGAGUUGUUGUGGGCUGCAGCUUGGCUCCACCGUGCCACCAACGACCAGUAUUAUCUCAAUUAUAUAACACAUGCAUCUAAUAGUGGAGGCCCAAGGACUGUUUUCUCUUGGGACGAUAAGUUCGUGGGUGCACAAGUAUUGGUCGCCAAGCUUGCACUUGAAGGGAAAGUAGCAAGCAAUGGAAAGAUCGCAGAGUACAAGAGUAUGGCGGAGCAGUUUAUCUGCAACUGUGCUCAGAAAGGUUCCAAUAACGUUAAGAAAACUCCGGGAGGUUUGCUCUGGUUCUUGCCGUGGAACAACCUCCAAUACACAGCUUCUGCUUCCUUCGUCCUCUCUGCCUAUUCGAAAUAUCUUAAAGACGCAAAAGCCUCCAUUCAAUGUCCCCAUGGCGCUCUUGGAGCUUCUGAUCUUCUCAACGUCGCUCGUUCCCAGGUAGAUUAUAUACUUGGGUCGAAUCCUCAGAAAAUGAGCUACAUGGUUGGAUUUGGGACAAAUUAUCCCAAAAAGCCCCACCACAGAGCAGCUUCCAUUAUAUCGAUCACCAAGGACAAAACACCCGUGGCGUGCAAGGCAGGGUUCGACAAAUGGUUUCACAAUCCAGCACCAAACCCUAAUGUUUUAACCGGAGCAGUCGUAGGAGGACCCAACGAGAAUGAUUUCUAUGGAGAUGAUAGGUCUGAUUAUCAGCAUGCUGAACCUGCACCAGUCACCGCUGCUCCACUUGUUGGUGUCUUGGCCGCCGUUGCUUGAUCAUUUAUCACUCUCUUUACUUA